UUUUUUUUUUUUUUAAAAUAAAAAAAAAAAAAAAAAAAAAAAAAAGUGGAAUUCGUCCCGUUUUUACGAGCUCAUUCAGAGAUUGUUUUGCCCUCAGGACGUCCCUAACUUUCAUAUAUAGAAACGACGGCAACUCCAAACUAACAUGGCAGUCAGACUGUGUGAUGUGGCUUCUCUGCUUAGAAGUGGUUCGUGGGCGCCUGAGCCUUGGACUGGGCAGGUUAUUGCUACCAUGGAAACGCAGCUGUCCAACGGUCCAACUUGCAACAACACGAGCAACGGUCCUUCGUCAAUUUCAAACAACUGCUCCUCGCCUGUAGAGUCGGGGAUGAUAGAGGACAGUAAAACUAACUUGAUAGUCAACUAUCUGCCUCAGAACAUGACCCAAGAAGAGCUGAAGAGUUUGUUUGGGAGCAUCGGAGAAAUUGAGUCCUGUAAACUUGUCCGAGAUAAAAUAACAGGGCAGAGCUUAGGAUACGGGUUUGUGAACUAUGUGGACCCAAAAGAUGCAGAAAAGGCAAUCAACACUUUAAAUGGCUUGAGACUUCAGACCAAAACCAUCAAGGUUUCUUAUGCACGUCCGAGCUCCGCCUCCAUCAGAGACGCCAAUCUGUACGUCAGCGGUUUGCCCAAGACCAUGACGCAGAAGGAACUGGAGCAGCUCUUCUCUCAGUACGGACGCAUCAUUACCUCACGGAUUCUGGUGGAUCAGGUGACAGGUGUCUCCAGGGGCGUUGGCUUCAUUCGUUUUGACCGGCGAGUCGAAGCUGAGGAGGCCAUCAAAGGUCUAAACUGUCAAAAGCCGCCUGGUGCCACUGAACCCAUUACAGUGAAGUUUGCAAACAACCCGAGCCAGAAGACGAGCCAGGCUCUGCUGUCCCAGCUGUAUCAGUCGCCCAAUCGAAGGUACCCAGGACCCCUCGCACAGCAGGCACAACGCUUCAGGUUGGACAACCUGCUGAACAUGGCUUACGGAGUGAAAAGCCGGUUCUCCCCCAUGGCCAUUGACGGGGUGACCAGUUUGGCCGGCAUCAACAUCCCGGGACACGCCGGCACUGGCUGGUGCAUCUUUGUCUACAACCUGGCUCCGGACGCAGACGAGAGCAUCCUCUGGCAGAUGUUCGGCCCGUUUGGCGCCGUCACAAACGUCAAGGUCAUUCGCGACUUCAACACAAACAAGUGCAAAGGAUUUGGUUUCGUUACCAUGACUAAUUACGACGAGGCCGCUGUGGCCAUUGCCAGUCUGAACGGAUACCGCCUCGGGGACAGAGUUCUGCAAGUCUCGUUCAAAACCAACAAAACACACAAAGCCUAAAACCGACUGAGAUUGUAGAAAAUCCACCAAGAAUCGGGUAACGGAAGCGUACCGACCGUAACUUUCUACAUUAGUACAACGGCUUUGUAAUCAGUAUUUAGCGCCCAACAGUGUGACUUUUUUUUUUCUUCAUUGCUACUCUUUGGAUCUUUUCAUUCUAGUUUAAACAAAAAAAUCCUGCAGGUUUUAAAGCCUGCGUUGUUCAAUCUUUGCCGUCUCCACCGAUGGACCAUCUCUAAUGUUACUCUAGGUUUUUUAAUUUUUCUGUUCCAUUUGUUGCACAUUUCUUUAAACCCGUAAGUCUUGUAAGAUUCUGUGUUGUGAUUCUUUUGUAUUUUUGUGUUCUGAUUUGUGCGUUUUUAGCUUUGCGUGGUUAGCAGGUGCUUUUUUUCGAGCCGGUUUCGUUCUCUUAGCUUAUCGUAAUAAGUUGGUAAUUAAUUGGCUGCAUAAUGUUGCUUAUUGUAAACUUAACGGAUAAAAAGACAAAAAAAAAAAAAUCCUAAAGCAGUACCUUGCCAAAGAGCUAAGAACCUCUUUGAUGUGGGUUUAAAAAAGCAUCUAUUUUUAUAAAAAGAAAAAUUUGGAGAAACUUUUUACUGGACCUGGAACAAAAAUAUUUUGACUUGGGAUACUUUGAGAAAUAUCUUCAUACGACACCUUGUGAGCUUUUGAACUUUAAAAAAAGUUUGCAUUGGUUGACAUUUCUGGAGAGAUUUAUGAUGUAAAAGAUACCUUUUGAGAUCUUUGUAUUAUCUUUAGAUUACAGAAUCAGUGACAGUGCUGGUUUCAUUUGUAAAAUCAUCUGUGGGUCCUCCUCCAUGCCGGUUGUCCCGUCGACUAUUAACUCACUUUAAGAUUCAAUUUGCAAACAGACUAAAAAAUAACAACAAAAAAAAUUUAAAGAAGUGCAUGCAAAAUUCCAACAGAGAUCUUAAAAGGUUAUUUGGGGGAUUGAAUUGAAAUCAGUUCUUCCUUUACGAUUCCCUUCAGAUGGAGUUCAUGUUCUGUGGUGUACGAUUUCAUUAGACUGAUUUUGUCUUAAUAUCAACCAAUAAAGGUUUUUACAUACUUUGUAUGAACGAAUGAGGACAAGCUGAUAAAGGCAGCCGCAUUAAAAAAGUCUGAAUUAAAGGAAUGACUUCUGAGCUCUGAGCUGUGUAAAUAGAUUUUAGUUUGUUGUAUUAAGCAGACUUCUUUUGGUUCUAGUUUAGACUUCAUUGGAAAGUGUUAAAAACGUUUAUUUUAAUUUUACUUUCUCCACAAGGUAUGUACGAGUUUCCUUAUUUGAUCUUUGAUCUUCAGUUUCCAUUAGUUGGACUACUUUUCGUUCUUUGAACUAGCAUAAUGGUGCAUUAAAUUUGUCGUUUUUUGUUUAGUCUGUAGAUAAGUCUCGCUUCUUUAAAAAAAAAAAUUACUAUAGACAUUUUUUUUUAUAUGUAUAUAAAUAUUAUAGAUAUAUAUUUAUGUGGUAAAGAAUGGAUAUAAACCACAGUUUUGAACUACUUUAGUUUUUUCAUACUCAUAAAUAUAUAUAAACGUAAUGCAUAUAACCUGUCUUUAAAAUCGUAAAAAGAAAAAAAAAAGGUGUAUAUUGCUUUAUUCUCUUCGGGAAAGGACGGUGGAGCAGCUGCAUUAACAGAAUUGGUUGUAAAGUUAGACAUGGAACAUCUGGGCCACACAAACGGAUGCUCGAGCCUUUAGAUGCACUGAAACUGACCCUGCAUCCUGCUUCCCAACCCGCUUCUCCUCCAACGAGCAGUGUGCUAUGCAUUCUAGAGUUCUUUGCAACUGCUUUUUUUUUUUUUUUUUUUUUUUUAAAUCUACUCCCUCUUUGUGUUCGAUUGUAAAAGUUAUCACUUUAAAAGUCCAGAUGAGUUGUGACACUUGCUGCUGUGAGGGGAAGAGAGGGCACGUUUUUCAUGCCAGACUCGUCUGGGCUGGAAAUUCUUUUUCUUUUUUCUAAACUUGAUGAUUUGGGCAGAUUGAGCUGAUGGUCAGGCAUGAACAAAUGUUCUCUCCAACCCCCUCUUAAUCUCAAUUCUUAAUGGGAAUCAUUAUUUAUUUGGAGUUGUAUAGUCUUGGUUCACAGCAUUUUUGACAUAGAAUAUCUUUUUGUUGACUAUUUAAGAGGAUGUACAUGUUCUUUACUUUGUGUUUGGAUACUUUGGAUUUUUUCAAUGUUCAGUACAUCAAUAAAUAAGUUUGAC